GGCUCCUUGAAGGAUAUAAUGACAUGGAUACUAUGACUGAAAUGGGUUAUUUCCCGGGAAGUCUCACUGAGGAAGAAAUGAAGCAACUAGCAAGAAGUGAGAGGUUAGCAGUUAAUGUGUCAAAUGCAGCUAACAUGGUGCUAUUUGCAGCAAAGGUUUAUGCUUCAAUAAAGAGCAAAUCCUUAGCAGUCAUUGCUUCAACACUAGAUUCUCUCUUGGAUCUCUUGUCAGGAUUUAUAUUAUGGUUCACGGCCAAUGCCAUGAAAAGCCCAAACCAUUAUUAUUACUAUCCCAUUGGAAAGAAACGGAUGCAACCAGUGGGUAUCAUUGUUUUUGCAUCAGUGAUGGCAACCUUGGGAUUGCAGAUUCUGAUAGAGUCUGCCCGACAACUGAUUUCAAAGUCUAUGCCUGAAAUGGAUCUUGAUGACUUGAAAUGGAUGAUUGGGAUUAUGGUAUCUGUGACUGUUGUGAAGUUCAUUCUCAUGGUCUAUUGUCCAAGGUUUGAUAACGAAAUUGUCAAAGCCUAUGCACAAGAUCAUUUUUUUGAUGUCAUAACUAAUUCAGUUGGAUUAGCUGCUGCUGUGCUUGCUAUCAAGUAUAAUUGGUGGAUUGAUCCUAUGGGAGCUAUUAUUAUAGCAUUGUAUACAAUUAAUACAUGGGCAAAGACAGUGAUUGAGAAUGUAUGGUCACUUAUUGGGAGGACAGCACCACCUGAUUUUUUAGCAAAGUUGACAUAUUUGAUAUGGAAUCACCACGAAGAGGUUAAGCACAUAGAUACUGUCAGAGCAUACACCUUCGGUGCUCAUUACUUUGUUGAAGUUGAUAUUGUGUUGCCAGAGGACAUGCCUCUUAAUCAAGCACACAACAUUGGUGAGACACUACAAGAGAAGCUUGAGCAACUUCCAGAAGUUGAAAGAGCCUUCGUGCACAUUGAUUUUGAGUUUACUCACAGGCCUGAACAUAAGACGAUGGGGUACGGUCGAGCAAGGGAAAUGAGUGGUAUUUUCUUAGAUUUUGGGAUUUGCCCUUCGCACCUACAGCUCAUGAACCCAUAG